AUGCCGACGUCAACGAGCGAGGUGACGACCGACCCUGUGACGGCGGAAGAAGACGAGCCAGUACCCCCCUUCUUCAAUACGACAUUCUCGACACACCGCGUCUCCCCACUGUACGUCGGCGUCGACAAGCUCACCCCGCAGCGUCUCGGGGUUCUGGGCCGCCGUCUACGCGACACCCUGGUCGGCGACGUAGUGCGCGGGAUCCAGAUAGGUCUCGAGUCGACGGACACGCCAGCGGGACAGGUGGGGCCGUUACGAUCAGUCAAGCUGCGGUGGUUCCGAGCCAACGCCGUGUUGGGUGACGAGGUGGACUACGAUAACGAUACCGGGAUGGACACGUGGGACGCGCUGUCGGAGAGUCAGAAGCGAGGGCUGUGGAUAGAGAUUCGGCAUGAGAAUGCCGCGUACGUGGCGAUCCUGCUCCCCGGCGUGGGGAGCAAAGAUACGAGGGCGACAUGGAGGAUGCAGCCUGGUCAGUCGGUAGAGGCCACGGGGGACGAUGGCUUCGUGCACCUCCCGCUCAUGCUGCUGCGUAUGCCCAUGGCGCUGAAGGGCGUGAUAUCAGAGUGGCUGGCCGGGACGUUUGACUGUCGCGUGAGCAAGCUUGCCCUGGGGACGAGGACGUUGGUGGCGGUGUGGGAGGACUGGAUCCGCACGGUCGGCGUGUCACCCCGUGGGAUGGACCCUGUCAUAACGCUUGCUUUCAACGCGCCGCUACCCGAACCCGAGUCCGUCUUCGACGAUAACAACGACCCAGACGCCAUGCAGGAAGACGAGUACGACGAGCACAAUUCCCGCCCGGGACUACGAUCUCUCGAAGUUACCAUCCAACCAAAAGAAUUGGCCAAGUUCGUCCGCGUGGGGAAGACCGGGAGCAGCAGGCCUACAGCGGGGGCAGCAGGAGCGUAUUGGGAGAAGGAUGUUCGGGAACGGAGGAGACUCGCGGGCGCGAGCACGGAUGACGGGUGGGCGUGGCUGGCUUCCGAGGAUAGGCAGCAGCCCUUUACGGAUGGGUUGGCGCGGUACCUCGAUCAUCACCUUGGGCUCAACGUGUUCCAUCCCAGCGUCCGCGUCACCCAGAUCUCCUGCGGUGGAUUCGUCCUAGGUGCGGCCCGCCUCAAGAUUGUCGCUCCUGGACAGCAGAUGACGGAUGCGAAGUCUAGGGCCUCCUGGAUGUUUGUCACCAGGCUGAGUCACAGGAUCCAAGGGGAUGGGCUGCCGACGAUAUUCACCUGA